AUGACGGCGCUGCACGACGCGUUCGUGGCCGUCGGCUGCAACAAUGGCAGCCACUGCAUGUCCCGCGCAGUUGGCUGCGAGGAUGGCUACGAGGUGGCGUUUGCGGCCUCGACCAUGGUGGCGAUCGCGCGCUACAGCGCAACGGCGGCGGUCCCGACGAUCGUCCACACACUCCAUGGCCACAAGGCGCGCGUCGCCUGCGUGUACUGGCACGAUGCUUCAGCGUGCAUUGUCUCGGGCGAUGCCAGCGGCGAGGUGCGCCUCUGGCACCGCGCGGCCAACGCCUGGACGUCCGAGGUUGUCGUCGCCGGCGCGGCGUCGUCCGUCUCGGCGCUGACCUGCACGACACUACUGGCGUCAUCUCAGCUGUUCGUCUUUGCAGCGCUCUCCAACGGCGACAUCGUCGUGGUUGAGCCAGCGACAAGUGCAUCAGCGACGCUGUCUCGAAGCGAGCGGCACAUCGCCGAAGCCAUUGCCGUUGCCCAAGACGGCCGCGGCACACUUCUGCUUGCGCUUGGUGGCGUCGAUGCUCUCGUGCACGUCUACACGGUUGAUCCGACGCUGCAAGCGCUCUCGCUUGUGAGCUCGCAUGCUGGUCACAAGGGCUGGGUGCGGGACCUCGCGUUCUCAUCACCGCUCGCCUCGGGCGAUAUCUUCUUGGCGUCGGCCGCCCAGGACCACAAAAUCCGCCUCUGGCGCAUUGACGCAGCGCUAAACGUAGCAUUUGACGCGAUGCUCGUGGGCCACGACGACUGGGUCACGAGCGUAAGCUGGACGCCAACCCACUCGCUCCUCUCGAGCUCCAUGGACAACCGACUUAUCCUCUGGGCGGCAGAGGACGGCGCGGCGUGGCAUCCCACAACCCGCAUCGGCGAUCUCGGUGGCCUUGGUCUCCUGGCCGCCACGUCGUUUGGUGCCGACCUCGUCGCGCUCACCUUUACCGGCGAGCUCUACCGCUGGACGAAAAGUGACGCGCACUACGUGCCAGCGCGGUCCGUCACGGGACACAACCGACCGGUCACCGAUGUGGCGUGGGCGCCGUCAGGCGCGUUCUUCGUCUCGGUCUCGCUGGACCAGACGGCGCGGGCGUACCGUCUUUGCGAAACAAGCGAGGUCUCGCGCGCCCAGGUGCAUGGCUACGACCUGCAGUGCGCAACGUUCUUGAGCGACGCGCAGUUUGUGAGCGGUGCGGACGAGAAGAUCCUCCGCGUCUUUGACGUGCCGUCCGGCAUGCACGCGCUCGUCGGCGGUGCGGCGACUGGCGGCGGCUUUGGCGUUCUCCCCGAGCUCAGUUUGACCAACAAGCGCGGCGACAUGGACGACACGGCCAUUGUCGGCGAGCAGCUCGCGCGCCGGUCGCUUUGGCCCGAAGUACAAAAGCUCUACGGCCACGGCAACGAGCUGCUUUGCGUGCGUCGCAAUCAUGCCGGUGACCUCUUGGCGUCGACGUGCAAGGCGCGGGACGAGUCGGCCGCGGCAAUUUGGCUCUGGCGCAGAGACAAGGCGAGCACGUCGCUCGUGGCAGCGCAGCAGCUGCCAGACCACAGCUCGUCGGUCGUGCAGCUCGCCUUCUCCAGCGACGACAAGUACCUUGCGUCCGUCUCCAAGGACCGCAGCCUCUGCAUCUUUGCGGAAUCGAAUGGCAUCUAUACACUCGUGCACAAGCAAGCCAAGGCGCAUAAGCGCAUCAUUUGGAGCUGCGACUGGCUGCCGCACGAAGCCGUCCUUGCAACCGGGUCGCGCGAUGAGACCAUUGCACUCUGGGGGCUCGUGGCCGGUGUCUGGCAGCAGGUGGCGGCGCCGAUGAUAUUGCCCGCGGCUGUGACGGCCGUUGCCUUUGCGCCAACGAGCGCAACACCAGUGCUCGCCGUCGGUCUCGAGUCGGGGCUCAUUGUGCUCUGUGACAUUAAACGCACCGAGCCGGCUGGUCGAUUCCAGAUGACGCGUCGCAUCGAAGUCGUCGCGGCCCACGCGGCCAAAGUCACUCGGCUGGCGUGGCACCCGAACGAAAUGACGCUGCUCAGCUGCAGUGAGGACGCCAGUGUCAAGCUCUUCUCGCUUCAAUAAUGCACGCGCCAAGAGGCU